GAACCCAGGGGCCGAGCUCAGAGAUGCCCGGGAAGGCAGAAGCACACGCACGUCGCCCCGUAAGUUUCCGGCGACCUUGACCCGGAAGCGCUUUCGGCGGCAGCCUCGCAGGGACAUUUGGUCAUGGUCUUCCUCACGACGCGACUCUACCUGCGGAACCGCGUUACCGACCGCUACUUUCGGAUCCAGGAGGUGCUGAAGCAUGCGCGGCACUUUAGGGGGAGGAAGAACCGCUGCUACCGGCUGGCCGUCAGGGCUGUCACCAGGGCCUUCGUGAAAUGCACCCGGGCCCGCAAGCUAAAGAAGCGGAACCUGAGGACCCUUUGGAUUAAUCGAAUCACAGGUGCCUCCCAGGAACAUGGCCUGAAGUACUGGGUGUUUGUUACCAAUUUAAUCAAGUGCCAGGUGGAGCUCAACAGGAAAGUACUUGCAGACCUGGCCAUCUAUGAACCAAAAACUUUUAAAUCUUUGGCUGCUUUGGCCCAACGGAGGCGACAGGAAGGAUUUGCAGCUGCCUUGGGGAAUGGAAAGGAGCCUGAAGGCAUAUUUUCCAGGGUGGUGCACUACCACUGAGGGCUGCCGCACCUUGGAUCAGGAAAAUGCUUCUUCCCAAUGAUCCUAAUGACCAAGAUAGGAACAAUGUGCUGUCUACUCAGUAGCUCAUAAACCUGGGUUGUUACUUUAUUUACACUUUGGUGCCAGGCCUGAGAGAAAAGGCCCUGUCUUCUCUCAGUGGACACAGAGUCUCAGAACUGUCUUACAUAGAUUAUGCAUAUAAAGUUUUCAAAGUGUUUGAC